AUGUCCAGUUGGUCAAAGUUGAAGAACGAUAUUCGUUUGAAAUUGAAGAAUGUCAAGCCUAUUCAUUAUGUUAUUAUCAUGGCUAUAUUCAUAGUCUUUCAUUUAAUCUCACCAUCGAAUUCAUCCAGUUCAAAUUCACUGAAAAACACUAAACUCCCUAUCAAUAUUCCAGUUGACGAUUAUUCUGCCAAGGUGUUAAAUUUAUAUAAUUCAGGAUCUAAAGGACCUAUAGAUUUUGAAUGGAAUCAGUUUUUAAACAUCGAUGGGUUUGUUGAAAAGUAUAAAUCAUUGAUUGAACCUUUAAAUUGUGAAGAAUUUGGAAAUAGGAUUAGAAAAUCUGAAAAAACUAGGUAUAAUUGUAUUGAUGAUCCUGAUCAUAAAGUCCCUAUUUCUUUACAAGAGAAUGUUUUAUUAUAUGUUGAUGAGACCCAAAGAAAGAUCUUUGCCAAAGUUCAUCUUUUGAAAUCAUUUCCUAAUCCUUCAAAGUUGAUUUAUUUGUUCCACGAUAACAAGAUUGAGAUUGAUGUUAACAAGGAACCAAAAAAAUUGAAACACAAAACCAGUAACUUAGAUAAAGAAAUUCCAAAAUUAACAUCUUAUAAUCAAGACUUAUCAGCUAAAGCCCCUAUUGAAUUGGAUUAUGAACAAUUUAAUUAUAGAACAUGUUUAAACAGUUAUAAGGACGAAUCUCCUGUUCAACAAUUACAUGAGAAAUAUAAAGAAACCAGGGUUGCUAGGAAAUAUUUCAGUGAAGCUUAUCUUUUAGAUGCACAAGGGACUUUCAAUCUCGAUUGGAGAUUUUUCAAUAGUCUGGAAGUUAUUUCUAAAGAUUAUGAUACUCUCAACAUGGCUAAAAUGAGUGGUAUUAUUAGAUGUUGGUUACAUUUCUGUGAAAAGUAUAACAUCAAAUCAUUUAUAAGUGACAACAAUUUAAUUGGGUGGGCUAUGAAUGGUUUACACUUACCAAUGGAAAAAGACUUUAAUUUCCAUUUACCUAUUGAUGACUUAAUGAAAAUUAUUGAUAUGGGAUUUAAUCAAUCAAUUAUUUUCGAUUAUAGUGAUUAUAAUCAAAAAGUCCAUGGUCUGUACCUUUUAGAUAUUUCACCGUUUUUCAAGAUGAGAGAUCGUAAUAAUCAAGAAAAUACCAUUGAUAUGAGAUUAAUUGAUAUAGAUUCAGGUCUUUACAUUGAUUUGAUUGCAUUAGUUAAUUUCUCUUACGAAAGAUUAUUCAAUUAUAAAGCCAAACCAAUCUUACAAAGUUUGAAUUCAAAUGAUUUGAUAAAAGUCGAUAAGAAGAUUGAAAUUUAUAAGGAUAAGAAAGAAAAUUUAUUAUAUUCUAAAGAUUUAGAUAUUUAUAGAUUUGAAAAUUUGAAUAAACUUUUACCGGUUAAAUUUGAAAAUGCUAUUGGUUAUAUACCAAAAGAUUAUAUGGAGAUUUUAACCAAUGAAUAUUUUGAACCAUUGAAAACUUCAAGAGGAUCUUUCAAAUUCAGAGAAUUUUUAAAUUUUUGGUAUCCUUUGGAAUGGUGUAAGAUGCCACCAUUCACAUCCGUAGCCACCAAAGAAGAUGACGAAGAAUGUUUGAAAAAUCCUUUAAUCAGUGGUAUUCAAAAAUCAAUAUCUAAAUCAGCCUCUUAUCAUGAACAGUUCAUGGAAUGGUUUAAAAAUUUAGACGUGGCUAAUUACAAUUUAAAGCCAGAUGAUUUACUGGCUAUAAUCUACCAUUAA